CAACUUCCGGUGACCCCCCGCAAAGCUGAAGAAAGAAAAGGACGCAGACGACUCGACUAGAGACACGCUGGAGACGUUGACGGGUGAACUUGACGUCUGCAAGAAGUCUGCAGUUUCUGCUUGAAAUCCAGAAAAUUUUCGGCUUCUGCCGUCAUUUCGUGGAUCUCUGUUGCAAGGAGUUGUUGGGGUCUCUCUGAGGACCAUGGCGGGAGCUGUUUUGGAAAAUUUGAGCUCGAAAAAGCUGUCUGUUUUUUGUCUGUGUCUCUUGGUGGUGCAGAUCGCUUGCUUUCUCGUCGGAGGACUUAUCGCACCAGCACCUUCGAGCGCUCACAACAUCUUGACAACAAAGUGCAUUGACCCUUCCUUCAACCUGAAGAAGUGGUUUCAGCCUCGUGGCCCUCAUGCCUGUGACAAGGUGCGAGAUUUUGAUGAAGCCACCAAGAGAGGCAUCUAUGCGGAUUGGAUUGUCUUCUCGGCCAAAGUUCCCCAUGACCCUAACACCAUGCACCGAUCUUUCCAGUACAUGCUUGGUGUCCUGGUAAUGGACAUAGCAUUCUCAGAAGAGGAGGGCAAACGCUUGGGUGAGUCUGUGACCAAGACUGUGGACAGCUGA